ACUCACUCACACUCCCCACUAUACCACUCUCAACUCAACUUACUCCUUCUUUCUCUAACAACCAACAUUUCAUUUCUCUGUUUCUCUUUUAUUAAUAUUCAUUCCUCUUCUUCCAUUCCAUUUCAUCAUUAUCCUCUUCUUCUUCCUUUCUUUCUUUCGUUGACUUUUACUCUCACUCUUCCUAAUGCAUCACCAAGAUCAAACCAUAACUCACACCCCAGGGAACGAGAAUCAUGGAGUUUAUGUGUGUCACAAAUGUGGUUGGCCUUUUCCAAAUCCACAUCCCAGUGCUAAACAUAGACGUGCUCACAAGAAGAUCUGUGGAACCAUUGAAGGUUACAAAGAGGAACCAACCAAUUUCAAUGGUUCAGAUGUUGAUUACAAAACACCAGGUUUGGUUGAGUUAGGUUCAAACAAUGGUGGAAUUGAAAGGAAAUUUAGUAGAUCAGAAAGUGAGGUUUAUUCAGAUGCUGUUGAUGAUUUUCCGGAUACUGGACUAAGUCAAGGAGUUAAACACAAUUUGCAACAAGAACAUACUUUGAACUCAGCUGCGGAUGUGAGUCCACUUAUUGCUAGCUCAAGCAAUGACUGCCAAAUUAAAAAUCCAAAAAUUAUGCAAAGUGAAAGUUUUGAAGUGGGAAAUAUAGGUGGGACGCAAGGUCAAUUGUCAGGCUCUACUGUGGAUCCAUUAACAAGCUCAAUUGCAGAUUCAAAGAAUGAAGAAUCGAGUAUUGUGCAUGGUGAUGGUUUUUCUGGUUUGUCAAGUGACUCAAGUCUCGGCAUAGCUGAAGCCGUGCCCAAUUUAUUGCCAGAAAAAAAUAUUUAUGCUGGUGAAAAUGUGACAGAUUGUAGUUUGGUGUGUGAUGAAAAGGAGCUUAAUUUGAAAGGAACCGAUGAGGUAAAAUCAGAAAAAGACAGGGUUGAAAUCAUGGAGUCAACUGAUAACAUUGUAGGUGAAACAUAUGAAGGAACUCCUAAAAUAGUAGUUAACGAAGCAAUUUCCCUGGAUCAUGACAUGGGCAAUGAAGCUGUUAAUCCAAAGGAAAAGAAGGGACCCGGGUCCCUGUCUUUGCUGCCCCAGUAUGAAUUUCCUCAAGAAGUAAACUCGUCAAUAAUCACGAAUGAGGCUCAGGUAGAAUCUGCACAUGCAAUACAUUCUACUAGUAAUGAAGUCGAGGUUUUGCCAGAAAAGGAAGACGUGAAUGUUAAUAUUGAUCCACUUCCUGUGCAUGAUGAUAAAUUUGAUGCAGCUUAUCCUCAGAGCGUGUCAUUGAAACAUGAGGAACAUGUUACCGAGGAAAAUAAUUUUCAUUUCAACACAAGCCAGUUGAGUGAAAGAAAUGGUGUACUCUCUUCAGAGAUGCAUGUUAUGGAUAAUGACACGAAGACUGAAAAUAUACAUGCUGAAGAUUGCUCUGAAGUUUCUUUGGUUGAGCUCACAACUGAAACUUAUCAAAUAUCGCAUGAAAUCGGAGUGUCUACGAAAACUGAGAUGGAUGAGAAUGAUUUUCCAGAAGAGCAUGAGCCUGAUGAAAUUCAUGAAAAUUCUCAACCUGAAAGUAGUUUAAUGGUCUCAGCAAAUGAAUUUCAGAGGGAGGCAUCCUUUCGGUCUGCGACUGAUGAAACAUUUAGCAUCAUCAGUAAUGACACAACUGAAAUAAACGAUGCAUCUGUAGUUGGAAAGGUUGUAGGAGAAAAUGUGGUAAAUGACAGUGAAGUUAUAGUGAAAGAUUUUCAACCUCGUAGUGACCACUUGCAAUCAGAAGUUGAGCAAUCAAGUGAUUUAUUUAGGAAUAAUAGUGAUGAUGCUGGUGAAAAUGGUAAAAUUGAAGAUUUAAUCAAUAGCAAUAUCAAGUUAUAUGAAGAGAAUAAGAAACCGACUGGUAUUGCUGCUGACUUGCAUGAAGAACAGGAUGAACAACUAUCAGUGAAGGCUGCUGAAGACUUUUCUCGCAAGCAUACAUCACAUUCUUCGACAAAUGCUGUGCUUUCUGUUGAACCGGAUUCCGCCGUUGAAGAUGAUUCAAUUGGAGAGCCUGUUCAAGAUCAAAGCCAUGAUAACUUGGUUAAACUUGGUUCAUCUGGAAUUGAUACUUCUGCUGACUCACAUGAAGCAUGGGAUGCACAACUAUUAGUGAAGGCUACAGAAGACCUUGCCAGCAAGUAUGCAUCACAUUCUUCUAUAAAUUCCGGGGCUUCUGCUGAACAUGAUUCUGCUGUUGAAGAUAAUUCAGGUGGCAGAGAAGUGUCUAGAGUUACUGCUGUGCCACUGCCGGUUGAUGAUCAAAGCAAUAAUAACUUGACUAAAUUAACUCCACCCAGAACUGAUGUUUCAGUUGACUCUGGUAGCCGGCGUGACAGUUUGGAAGGGAACUGGGGUUCUGGUUCAGUUAUCUCGAUGAUAUCCGACGCACCAGCUGUUACCGAUGUAGAAACUUUACCAUCAACCGGUUCGCUGGCAUCGACAGAAGCAGGCAAAUCAGACUUGAACGUCCGACAAGCUGCACCUGCUGAGAGACAGCUGUCUGGAAAAUCAGAAACAUUUGAGCUGCCAUCUUUCACAACAUUGGUUGAGCCUAGCCACGUGGCUAGUCCUAAAGGCACCACUUCUGAAACCACGAACCCACAACAGUCAAAUUCCACCUCACCAGCUGGUUGGUUCCCAACUUUAAAUCAGGUUAUCAAUGAGUCUGAAGCGAAAAAGAAGAAUGAAGAAAAAAUCACCAAGAUAACAAACCGGAGCAGAAGUAAAGAGCACACACCUCUCAAGAGUCUUUUGGGUGAGGCUACUCCUAGAAACAAGCCGAAAUCACCAAAAAUAGAAGAAAAUAAUGGUUCUGGAUUGACAACUGUUAACUCAAUUCUUGGUCCUGAGUCCCCUUCAGAGACUCAAGUGGUGAAAGAAAAGGCUGCAAAUGAAUGGAACUCUCCAGCAAGAUAUCCUGCAAAUAUCAAGAGGGAAAAAAAGAAAUUGAAGAGCAGACCAUUUUGGAUACAGUUGGUUUGUUGCACAACAGUGGAUCCUCAGCGAAGGUAGAAGAAAAGAAGAUUGCUAUUUGCUCUAUACUCUUCUGUUCUGAUGGAUUCUGGUUAUUGUUUGUUCUCAAUUGUUUUUUUAGCUAUCUGUCGUAGAUUUUAGGUGCAUAUUUUAAUGUGUCUUAGAUGGUGCUUGCCAAAGUUUCAUAGUAUUCUCUAUUGUUAACACCUAGGAGUUGCGUUGUAUAUGUUGACCAUCUUCAGUUUUUAUUUUUAUCAGUGAGAUCUUACUACUUAUAUUGACUUUGUAAUGUGUUAUCUAAAUCUUAGUUCAGACGUAGACUCUUAA